AACAAUUUAAGUGUUUGAGUUAAAUAUGUAAAACCGAUUUAUGAUAAACACGACUACAUACUGUACAAACGAUAUUUACCUUUGAGGCCAUCUUUAAACAAGCAGAUAUUUAUAAAUGUAUAGCUAUAGGCAUGAGUUCAUUAUCUAGGUUGUCAAUAUUGUUCACAUUAUACUGCAUAUAAAAUGGAUAUAUCAAUUUCUGUAAGUGGUAUAUUACUGGCUCUCAUAACACUGUGUUUGGCUGCAUGGUGGGCAAAGUGGUUUAGUAAAGAACGGUAUCCCAUGGACCUUGGGGAUUUCCUAUAUUUUGACACCUGCCUUUGUUAAGUAACAAACCGGAGUUAAAAUAUUCAAAACGGCGACAGAAAUAUGGAGAUAUUUUCAGCAUCCGUUUUGGUAGCUGGAAUACAAUUAUUGUCAAUGGGUACAAAGCCAUUAAAGAUGCAGCAGAGCGAAAGGAUGAUGUCUUUUCUGGAAGACCUGAAUUUGCUAUAGAAAUUGCUAUUAGGGAAUCAUUCGACGGUCUUGAAAGUAUAACGUUUUGUAACUUUACCCCAAAGUAUCUACAUCUUAGAAAACGAACAACUAUGGCUAUGAGAAAAAACGUGAAGAAGUGUGAUUAUUCUGACGGAAAAACUGUUAAGAUAUCCACCUGAUGAACCCGUAUCCAUCGAUUUAGAUAUUCAGUUGGCUGUUAAAAGUGCAUUAUACCAGAUGCUAUUUGGCAGAGGGAAAGAAGACGAAAUAAAACCACAUUUAAACUUAAUAAUUGAAUCAACUGAGACCUUUAACAAAUUCGUGUCUUCUGGUAAUUUAGUAGACGUUAUCCCAUGGUUUAGGUAUAUCAUGAAAAUGGAGGUGGUUAAAUUCAAAGCGGCAAUAACCGAUAACAAAAUCUAAGAUAUCUGAACCUAAAACUUCAUUUCAAACUGGACAAAUGCGGGAUAUUUCAGAUGCAUUAUGUGGUGUGUCAAUCGACUUGCCAGAAAAUGGGACCGGUGAUACCCUAUCAUCCACGCUUUUACAAUUUCAAAUUUUAUCAUUGCAAGGUGCUGGAUUCGAUACCACAAGUCGCACAAUCAUGUUUAUCAUCUUAUAUUUGAUUACUUUUCCAGAUGUCCAAGAGCGUGCUCAGAAAGAGAUAGACCACGAAUUGGGCAGCAGUAGAAAUAUCUCGGGCAAUGACCAAGCUAAGCUUCCAUACGUAAUGGCAACAGUCCUUGAAGUAUUGAGAAAAACUGCAAUAGUUCCUUUCGCUAUCCCUCAUCUCACUCUCCAUGACGCAAAAUUGCGAGGAUAUGACAUCGAUAAAGAUACUGUUGUUUUUUUCAACCUUCAUUCAGUAGCACACAAAGAAUCAUAUUGGGGCUGUCCAGAAAACUUUAGGCCCAAAAGGCUUCUUGAUGAUUCUGGAAAUCUGCUGGAAAAGUGCUCACAUUUGGCAUUUGGUGCGGGGAGACGACAAUGCCCAGGCGAAACUAUUGCAAAAAUGAAAAUAUUUAUCGUUAUUGCAACAUUGUUACAGCGUUGUUCGUUUCAGAAAGCUGACGGGUCUGACCUUGACUUUGAUCCUACUCGUGGACUUGUUCUCUCAUUCAAAGUUAUUGUGAAAAGAAAUUUGUAAGCAUCGUCUGGAAUAACGAGGUUGAUACACCGGAGAGUAGGACCGUAAAGUGAUACUCUUAAAUAAUUUCUCUUAUUCUGUUAAUUUUCCUAAAAAUAAUCUUAUGUUCAUUUAAUAUUAUUUUAUUUCGCAUAUUACAAAUUGUAUAGAUUUGUCC